AUGGUCGCCAAGGCCAUUCUCGCGGCCUCCAUGGCCGCUGUGGCCGCGCAGGCCAAGGUCAUUGAGCACUGGUGGAACAUCUCGUACGCCCAGGCCAACCCCGACGGAAUGUUUGAGCGCCGUGUCAUCGGUAUCAACGGCACCUGGCCCCCGCCCGUCCUCAUCGCCGACAAGGGCGACAAGCACAUUAUCCACGCCACGAACGCCCUCGGAGAUGACAACAUCCCGACCGCCCUUCACGCCCACGGAAUGUUCUUCAACAACUCCGCCUACUGGGACGGUGCUACCGGCGUGACCCAGUGCGGUAUUCCCAACGGCCAGACUCUCGACUACGAGAUCGACCUCUCCCGCAACCAGGGUACUUACUGGGUCCACGGCCACUACAACGGCCAGUACGUCGACGGUCUCCGCACUGUUUCCAUCAUCCGCAACCCCCGUGCCGACAACCUCACUUGGGAUGAUGAGUACACCCUCGCCGUCUCUGACUGGUACCACCGCCAGCACCAGGACAUGCUUGACAACGACUUCCUCCACUGGACCAACCCCACCGGCGCCGAGCCCGUCCCCGAGUCGGCGCUCAUGUACGUUAUCGACAAGGACGGCAACUACGUCGGCGGUGCCGACAAGGUCACCGACGGCUCCGUCACCAACGACAACGCGAAGAUCCCCUUCGAGGCCGGCAAGACCUACCGUAUCCGUAUUGUGAACAUGGCUGCGCUUUCCAUGUUCAUGAUCAAGUUCCAGGACCACGACAUGUACGUUAUCGAGACCGACGGUGUUGAGGUCGAGCCCUACCCGAUCGACGUCGUCACCGUCUCCGUCGCCCAGCGUUACUCCAUCCUCGUCAAGGCCAAGGAGAAGCCUACCCAGAACUACGGCAUCGCCGUCUACCAGUCCGAGGACAUGUACGACGUUGUUCCCGACGACCUUAUCCUGAACAACACCGUCACUCUCGAGUACUUCGCCGACCAGGAGCGCGGCCAGGAGUUCGUUAUUGAGGAGUACCCCCUCAUCAACGACACUGAGUUCCGCCCUGUUGAGAAGAUCGCCUCUGCCAAGCCCGACGUGGAGUUCACCAUCCACGCCUACUUUGACACCUUCAACGACGGCACCAACCGUGCCUCGUUCACUCAGGACGGCGGCUUCCAGAACGUCACUUACCGCUCCCCCAAGGUUCCUUCGAUCUUCACCGCCAUGUCCAUGGGCGACGAUGCCUUCAAGCCCGAGGUCUACGGCCAGCAGACUGGUGUCAUCACCUACAAGCACAUGGACAUGAUCCAGCUCACUGUCCACAACUGGGACGCGGGUUUCCACCCCUUCCACCUCCACGGUCACGAGUUCAUGGUCAUUGAGAAGUCGUUCAACGUCUCGUCUGACGACGCCAUCGAGAACCCCCCUAUCCUGGAGGACCAGGCCAACCCUGCCCGUCGUGACACCAUCACUAUCCCUCCUGAGGGCAAGGUCGUUCUUCGCUGGCGCGCCGACAACCCCGGUGUCUGGUUCUUCCACUGCCACAUCGACUGGCACCUGUCGUCCGGUCUCGCGAUGGUCUUCGUCGAGGCUCCGGACGUCAUGCAGAAGAACUUGAAGAUCCCUCAGCAGAUGUACGAGCACUGCCAGAUCAAGGACAUCCCCACGACCGGCAACGUCGUCGGUCUCAACUCGACCUCCGACUUCAAGGGCCAGGCCACCGGACCCCAGCCCCUCGUCAUGGGCUGGACGCCCAAGGCCAAGGGUGUUAUGGCCGCGUGUGUCAUCACCGUCCUCAUUGGUCUCGCUACCAUCAUCUGGUACGGUGCUGGUGAGCUCAACGAGGAGGAGCUCGAGGAGGAGGUUCGCCGCGCCGUCGAGGCCAAGCAGAACAAGGUCCCCCUCUGGAAGAAGGCCCUUGGUGGCAAGCAGGCCGCUUAA